CAAAACUUGAGAAUGUUUAUUACUGAGUCUAAAUAUUCUUUCAUUAAGAUUAACUAUUUCUGUUCUAAGCGGGGCACAAUCUUAGUUGCUAUGACGGAGACAGUUAUUCUACAGUCGCUUUUGUUAAAGAUAUUCCAUGGCAAAAUUGCUGAGUUGCGAGCGUCAAGAGCUAAUGCCACGUGUUUAUCAUGUUUUCCCUUGAUGACCAUGUUAGAAGUAAAUUAAGAAUGCACCAACGAAAUUCCUAUUGAAAAGGUGAAAGAAAAGGUCUUGCUUUUGAUGCUCGCCCUUUUUUUUUUUUAAAUUGGUUUGAUUCUAUGGAUAACUGCUUCAAUUAUUACGAGUUGAAAGCCAUAUUUUCUUGAUAAAAAAAAAAAAAAUAGAAGUAACGCCAUUGAGUGAGAACAAGAAAUGAGAAUUUCGCUGCAGCUUCUUCUGGUUCUUCUUGUAUUUGCAAUCAGCUCUGCUUACACUAGCGAUCUUGAAGUUCUGCUCAAGCUGAAAUCCUCCAUGACAAGUACAUGGGACUCCGGGCUUAAGGACUGGGAUCCUUCAGGGGAAUCAACCUCUCCUCAUUGCUUUUUCUCUGGAGUUGCAUGCGAUGAGGAUAAGAGAGUGGUGUCUCUCAAUAUGUCUUUUCACAAUCUCUCUGGUUCAGUUCCACCUGAGAUUGGGCUCUUGAACAAGGUAGAGAAUCUCAUAUUGGCCGCUAAUAAUCUCACCGGAAGAAUUCCUGCGGAGAUGGCCAAUCUCACGUCUCUAAAGAUUCUCAACAUUUCUAAUAAUAUGUUUAUGGGCAACUUCCCUGGAGAGAUAACUCUCGGCAUGACUCAACUUGAGGUCCUUGACAUCUACAACAACAACUUCUCAGGUCUACUGCCAACUGGCCUCGUGAACCUCAAGAAUCUCAAGCAUCUUCAUCUGGGUGGGAACUUCUUUUUUGGGAGAAUACCUGAAUCCUACUCCAAGAUUCAGAGCUUGGAGUAUUUUGCUUGCGGUGGUAAUGAACUCUCUGGCAAGAUUCCAGCAAGCUUGGCAUAUUUGAAGCGCCUGAAAUAUAUGUACCUUGGCUAUUUCAACUCUUAUGAAGGAGGUAUUCCACCUGAGUUUGGAUCAUUGACUUCCCUUGAAGUUCUUGAUAUAGCAAGCUGUAACCUCUCUGGUGAAAUUCCCGCGAGUUUAGGCCACUUAAAGCAUUUACGGCGGCUGUAUCUCCAAAUGAAUUCCCUUUUGGGGGCUAUCCCACAUGAGCUUUCUGGUCUAGCUAGCUUGGAGCAUCUUGAUCUCUCAGUGAACCAACUCAGCGGAGAGAUACCGGGGAGCUUCUCCAAGUUAGAGAAUGUCACGUUAAUCCAUUUGUUCAAAAACAAUCUGUCUGGUCCAAUACCUCAGUUCAUUGGCGAUCUGCCAAAUCUCCAGGUGCUUCAUAUAUGGGGAAACAACUUCACAUCUGAGCUCCCUGCGAAUCUCGGCAGAAAUGAGAAGGUUACACAUCUCGAUGCUUCUUCCAAUUGCCUCACAGGAUCGAUUCCUCAGGAUUUGUGCAAAGGAGGGAAGCUUUCUGAAUUUAUUCUCAUGAAUAAUUUCUUCUCUGGACCAAUUCCUGAGGAGCUAGGUUACUGCAAGUCCUUGACCAAAAUCCGGUUAAUGAAUAACACACUCAACGGAACAAUCCCUGCUGGAAUCUUCAACAUGCCUGCAUUAACCAUUAUCGAGUUGACUAAUAACAAUUUCUCCGGUGAGCUUCCAUCAAAUAUGUCCGGCAAUGCACUUGAACGACUAGAUCUGUCUAGAAAUGGAAUUACAGGAAGAAUCCCUCCAGCCUUUGAUAACUUUCUGAACUUGAAGAACUUACUGCUUGACGGGAACAGAUUUUAUGGUAAAAUUUCUGAAGAAAUAUUUCGUCUCAAGUUCCUUUCAGGAAUCAAUCUUAGCACCAACAAUCUCAGUGGUGCAAUUCCAACUUCCAUUUCAAGUUGUACUUCUCUAACAUCUAUUGAUUUUAGUCGAAACAGCCUCGAUGGGGAGAUUCCUAGCGGGAUUGCUUCGCUGAAGAAUCUCGGAAUGCUCGAUGUUUCUCAAAAUCACUUUAGUGGCCAAGUACCAAGUGAAAUUCAAUACAUGUCAAGCCUGGUAGAGCUUGAUGUCUCCAAUAAUAAUCUAUCAGGAAAAAUUCCAGCCAGUGGGCAGCUUCUAGCAUUUGAUGACAGUUCAUUUUCUGGGAAUCCUAAUCUCUGUCCUCCCCACAACAUGUCUUGCCAGUCUCUAGUAAACUCAGCUCAAGCUUCCAGCAGUCAUGGCUACAAGUGCUGGCAUAGCAUUCGAAAGCUUCUAGUCAGCAUAAUUACACUAUGUCUCCUGUCCAUAUAUUGAUAGUCAUCGUGUAUGCUGUCCGCCAACCUAUAUCAGUAUAAUUCAACACAAAUAAAGGAUCUCAACCUUUGUUAAUAUUUGGCAACAAGCUCCAACCUGCUUGAACAAGUACGUACAGGAAGAGAACAUUGUUUCCCCAAGCCCAGCGGCAACUAUUUGCUGCACAAAAUGCCUUCCGAGAUCGCUUCCAAAUUGCAAGCAUAGGCUUUUAAAUGGCGUUGCGAUUGGGUUUCUUUGAAAUUGAGGUUCAUAUCUCUUUUUUAAAACAAUCACCAUUAUUUAAUAAAAAAAAAUUCAAAUAA